UAACCAAAAAUAAGAGUCUUGUUGUUUGACCAAGAACACUGGCAUAAACAGUGGUGGAAGUGGUCCUUCCGCUGCAGCAACCCGCACCUCUGCUUUGGGGGCGAGUUUCUUUUUUUUUCUUCCCUUUUUUUACGCAAAGGAUGUGUGCAGGAGUGGCACUUUCGGGGCUUUAAAUAGUCACCAAACUUUGGCGCAACAGAGCAUCCCUGAGCUCAGCAGUGAAAAUCACCGCUCUGACCCAGGAUGGACGUUCACAAGCGACUGGGGAUGAAGGACACGCUGCUGGCUCUCUUACUCGCUGUCCUGCAGGGGCUUCCAGUCGGGGAAGCGGUCCCGAACCCGUCACCGCUGGUUGGAUCCAACUGGGGUAACCCGAGGCGUUUCAUCCACCUGCAGACMUCCACAGACCUCCACAACUUCUACUUGGAAAUCAAAUUAGAUGGCACCGUGCGCAAAACUACAGCCAGGUCCCCAUAUAGUGUAAUUCUACAAAAAGCUGAGACAAGGGAGCGCGUGGCGAUCUUCGGUGUCAAAAGCAACCGUUACUUGUGUAUGGAUUUGCAGGGCAACCCGUUCAGCUCGCCCGUCUGCAUCARAGACGACUGUCUGUUCAACCACAGGCUCCUGGAGAACAACCGGGACGUGUACUAUUCUAUCCGGACCGGGAUCCUCUUCAACCUGGAGGGCUCCCGGCAGGUGUUCUCGGCGGGUCAGAACCUGCCGCAGACCUCCCUCUUCCUGCCCAAGAAGAACACGGUGCCGCUGGAGCGCCUCUUGCUGCACAGGGAGAAGAGAAACCGGAUCGUGGACCCCUCAGACCCGCACAACGUCAACGUGUGGCAGACCGAGGACGGCUUCGACUCCAGGGCGGGGACUGAGGACGACACCGACCUGGAUGUGGACGUGGAGACGGAGACGGAGGCCGGGGACGAUGGAGGAAACGUAUCCAGGGAGACGCAGCGGGCUCCGUCCUCCGACGACCCCUGGAACGUGCACUCAUCCAAAUGAGGGGACUACAGGAUAAACUGCAGGGAUCACUUUGUAAUUCCGGUUUGACCAUUAGACUUUAAAGAAACUGCAAAUACAGCAAUGCUGCUUCUUUUUUUAUUUUAUUUACCGAAUUCUAUUCUUAUUUAUAACCAUAAAUCAUAAAAACAGUAUUUCUACAAUUAAUGUUUGACAUGAAUCAACGUCUACAUCUUUAGCUGGAAUCUUCUGAGCAGCUGAUCUUUGUUCUUUAUUCAGUCACUUCCUGCAGCAAAACCAAGAAACAUUAUUGUUGUUGAUGUUUUAACAGCUGGUCUAAUGUUUCCAGGACCAAAGUCUGGACCUAUCCUACCUCUGCAGAACUGGUGUGAAACCAGGCAUCACUAAAUACAAAAAUAUACACAAAUAUAUUUAUAGGAGUAGGAAUUUUCUUUAUGCUAUAWUAAAUGUAUUGUAAGUGUUUUACAUAAACAAGCAGAUCUCAAAUUGUUGUAAUAUUGUGGUAUAUCAGCUUUAAUUACAACUUUCCAUUCAUAACAUCCAAAAGAUGACUUGAAAAAAAAAUUAAAAUACAGGGUAAAAUAAAUACUCUAAAAUGAUCAGGUGCUGUGCACCAACCAGCAAACAAAACCAGUCCCAAGAGUAUUUAUUUAUUUAAAUCCAUUCCUUACUUGUUAUUUAUGGUAUUUAUAAGGAUGUGUUACGAUUCAAAUGUACAUACAGCCAAACGUGAGUCUGUUUUGAAUGUAUGAGCUGGAGUUGGAUUUGAAUGUGUGGCUAAAUAAACUUUAGAAAAAGCACAAGUAUCUUUUUUUUUUUUUUUUUGUUAUUUGGCAAAUGAAAUCAAUUUGUGAUGGAACUUUAUUUAAGUAAGGACGAUUACUGAGAAAUUUAAAAGAAAUUUCAAAACAUUCUGUAGUUUUUCACAACUGCUUAAUGAGAAAAGAGAAGGMUUCACCUGCAACUGAAUUACUUUAAAUUAAUUGUAUUUGUAGAAAAUGUUCAUAUUUAUGGGAGUAUGUCUGGUUGCUGGUAGGAAACAGGAUCUUUUAGUAAAAUAAUACAGUCACUCCAGUACAAAUUAUGUCAAACUGAAUAUUUUUCUUAAAAAAAUAGAUUUAACAAAAAAAUUAAACAUUUGUAGGUUUCAGGGUCUUUCAGUGACAGAACCCUACAGUUCUCCCUGCUGACAUUCAAUCACUUCAUCAAUGGAUUUAUUUUAAACAAAAUCUAUUUGUUCAUUCAAGGCAAUAGAACACGUCUGACGUUUUCCUUCUGUUUCUAUUCUAGUUCUCCACAAAAACUGUCCUUCAGUCUCAAAAGGUGCUGUAUAUUUUUUAUAUUAACGUAAAAAAU